UUCUACGACAUCUGAAUUAUCGAAGUGUGCCUAUUCGAUGCUAACACUUUAGAUUAUUAGACUAUGCUACUUUAAAUAUGUACAUUCAUUUUUGCGGCGUUCAAUGUGUUUGCAUUACAUUUUCAACUCUACGGAUAGUUUUUUUUUAUGUUGCCCUAAAUAAGAAAUGUUUAUGUGCGCUCCAGGCAACAGCUGGUAGAUACAGUGCGUGUAGGCUGAUCUACAAGAAGAAAUUAUUAUAGAUAAGAGCGAUUUUUAUUUGUCAAAGCUGUCAAGAAUCGAUUAUCAUGUCACAAGAAUCAGACCCUCGAUGUUUAGGCUAUUGGAAAGGAUCAUCAAGAUCACCGUGCACUUUCAACACCCUGUGAAGUUCAUUAUAAAUUAUUUCAUUAAUAAACUGCAUGGUUUCCCAAGUCGUAGAGGGAGGACCACACAAUAUAUCAUAGCGUGACUUCAAUUUUACUUCGAUAUUAUGGUUAUUAUAUCAAUAUUUGCUCAUAAAGGCGUUUCCCCCGCCGUUGGUUCCAUAAUUUGUUUUACCGAUAGCAAAAGAUCUACACAUUUCGAACGAACAAACAUAGUCGCAGCCGACAUGUUUUUUUUUUCAUUUUUAUUUUUUACAUGUGGGAUGACUUCACUCGCAUAAAAACGGGAUGGAUACGCGGUUAUUGAGCCGAUAUUGGACAACGAUCUUUCUCUCCUGUCACACUUGACAUAGAUCUGUGUCUGACUGUGUCCAUGAUGCGCUGCCUCGUUCAGAAGAAAACAUACCUCGUCAUUUUAUCUCCACUGCUACUCUUCGCCCUCCUCCGCUACUGGACUCGAAGGGCCACCACCACUGUUGACGUGGGACCAGGCCAGAGCUACAAGGCACAGAAGGUUCUGAAGGAGAGGCUGCAAAAUGUCCAGAAUAGUUAUGGCGAUAUCCCAUAUAUCCUGAAGGAAAGUGUGGCAGGGCGUCUGGCACUGAACGUGUGUGUGUGUGAGGCAGAUAAGAAGCCUGCCAUCGACCUGCCUUUUGCCCAAGUGCUGUUCCCCCGUGUCUGGGCUCAGGAUGACUUCCACACAGCCUUCCAGGAGGCAGAGCUGGCUCAGGUGAAAAGUCGCAGGCAGCAGGAGUACAACAGCUUCCAGCAGAGGUACCAGACUCCCGCAGACCUCCUUGUUAUAGCAGAAGCCAACAGUCCCCUACAGUACCCUACCCAGGGGGUGGAGGUUCGCCCUCUCAAGACUAUCGUUAUCCCUGGGUUGGGUCUGAAAGAAAAGCAUAGACAACUUCAUACAGUGAAUCUGACUGCUACCCUGGGGACAUUUGAUGUGUUAGCCACCGUAGACGGGGUCUCCAUUAGAGGACACGGAGUGAUGCACAUGACUUUGUCCAGUAGACUCCUCUCCACUCUGAACAGACAGCUACAGUUUGUCACCUACACCAACACCUUGUUCCACCCUAGGACGGCUGACACAGUGCAGUUUGAGACUGAUGGACACCAGUCUGUUUUUACCAUAAAGGUUGCACAUGCUGUUAUUCCCAAGCUCUAUCACUCAGGUUACACUGGAGAAUACAACAUAAGCUCACUUGUCACCAUAGCUACCAAGACAUUUCUGCGUUAUGACAAACUGCAGGAUCUGAUUGACAGCAUACGGGAGUUCUAUCCCACCGUCACCAUAGUGAUAGCAGAUGACAACGAGCACCCCCAGCCAGUGAUGGGUCCACACAUUGAACAUUACAUUAUGCCGUUUGGGAAGGGUUGGUUUGCAGGGAGGAAUCUGGCUGUCUCUCAGGUGACCACCAAGUAUGUGCUGUGGGUGGACGAUGACUUCCUCUUCACUUCCAACACCAGGCUGGAGAAUAUGGUGGAGAUCCUGGAGAAGACCACCCUAGACAUGGUGGGUGGUGCUGUGAGAGAAGCUACAGGCUACACUGCUACUUUCCGCCACACCAUCUCAGUGGAGGAAGGGGGUGAGGAGGGGGACUGUAUACACAUCAGAAAUGGAUACCAUCAUGUCAUUGAGGGCUUUCCUAACUGUGUCCUAGCCGACGCUGUUAUCAACUUCUUCAUGGGGAGGACAGACAAGAUGCAGCAAGUGGGAUUCGAUCCUCGUCUGAACCGUGUGGCUCAUCUAGAGUUCUUCAUCGACGGGCUUGGGAUCCUCCACAUAGCUUCCUGUGAUGACAUCAUCAUAAACCAUGCAUCUAAGAUCAAGUUGCCAUGGGGCAAGUCGCACAGUGAGAAGGCCUACGCCAAGUUCCGCUACUCCUCAUCGGAUACUGUCCAAAUAAAAAAUUCCCUUUUUUACUUCAAGAACAGACUCAAAUGCAUGUCUAGUAACUGAAACAGGUUCUACAAGCUAUCACUUGAGGUUUUAAAACUGAGGUUUUUAUUUUUGUUACACUGAGCAGCCAUUUUUUGUCAUCACCAACAGAGGUGUCAUGCCCAUCGGGGGCACAAGGGCAUGUUCCCCCCUCGGAUUAUAUUUUGUGUAUGUAAUUGUUUCUCUGUAUUACUACUAGCCACCAAUGAUUUUUAUGAGGUUGGCUUUAGCUAAUUCAGAUUGGGAACCUCUCCCCCAACCUCAUAACUAGCUAACAACGAGAAGCCAUUUCAGGAUUUCAAUCAAGCUAGAGUAGCUGGCAUGCCUGCUGACAAGGUUUGUAUACUUUAGAAAAGAACGCAAUAACUAAAUGCACUGAAUAAGACUCAUAUUCCUUUCAAUCUUUUACCCAGGUUUUAGCAGAGAUUCUGAGAAUAAUAUGUAUCACCAGUCAGGAGAAUACAGACUGCUCAAGAGGGUAUGCUAAGUAACCAGUAAAAUAUACAUAUUUUUUAGAUAUAUGAAGCGUAAUGAUUAUAGAUGGCAGGAAAAAGCUGUUUCGGGUUUUAAGAACAAAUGUAAAAUGUCCAAAUCAAAUCAAAUUUAUUUAUAUAGCCCUUCGUACAUCAGCUGAUAUCUCAAAGUGCUGUACAGAAACCCAGUCUAAAACCCCAAACAGCAAGCAAUGCAGGUGUAGAAGCACGGUGGUUAGGAAAAACUCCCUAGAAAGGCCAAAACCUAGGAAGAAACCUAGAGAGGAACCAGGCUAUGUGGGGUGGCCAGUCAGGUAAUCCUGGGGCAUGGUCCUAGGGCUCAGGUCCUCCGAGAGAGAGAAAGAAAGAGAAUUAGAGAGAGCAUAUGUGGGGUGGCCAGUCUUCUUCCGGCUGUGCCGGGUGGAGAUUAUAACAGAACAUGGCCAAGAUGUUCAAAUGUUCAUAAAUGACCAGCAUGGUCGAAUAAUAAUAAGGCAGAACAGUUGAAACUGGAGCAGCAGCACGGCCAGGUGGACUGGGGACAGCAAGGAGUCAUCAUGUCAGGUAGUCCUGGGGCAUGGUCCUAGGGCUCAGGUCCUCCGAGAGAGAGAAGGAGAGAAUUAGAGAACGCACACUUAGAUUCACACAGGACACCGAAUUGGACAGGAGAAGUACUCCAGAUAUAACAAACUGACCCCAGCCCCCUGACACAUAAACUACUGCAGCAUAAAUACUGGAGGCUUAGACAGGAGGGGUCAGGAGACACUGUGGCCCCAUCCGAGGACACCCCCGGACAGGGCCAAACAGGAAGAAUAUAACCCCACCCACUUUGCCAAAGCACAGCCCCCACACCACUAGAGGGAUAUCUUCAACCACCAACUUACCAUCCUGAGACAAAGCUGAGUAUAGCCCGCAAAGAUCUCCGCCAUGGCACAACCCAAGGGGGGCGCCAACCCAGACAGGAUGACUCCCGGACGAGGGACAUAAACCCCCAGCCAUCCUCAUGUACUUUGUACCCCCUCUGAUUCUUGGUCACCACCACAGCAUUCGUUGUGGACACAGUGAAUGUGUGGAAACAAACAUUGAAAGUGAAGAACCAAGCCAAUGAGCAUCUCCUUUGUCUGUGCUCCUUCGUCAGGCUUUGGUCAAGGUGUGUUUCCAGCGUAGAGGAUGGUAGAGACGUGAUCUUUCUAUAUGUCCCAUUAUGACAUCUGUGAGCGCAGGGGCAGCACCAUUGAGGCAAAAACAUUUAUUUAUAUAUUUUUUGGUCCUUAUGAAACUGGUAUGCUUUUUUACUUAUUUUCUUUAACCAAAUGUGGUCUUUAAUGCAGGGACGACCGACAAGUUCCUUACUUUUUCCCCCUUCCACUUGCCUCUUCCAUUUAAUGCUGCAAUUAGUUGGUUGUAAUUUUGGGUUGAGCAGACAUAUUUUUGUUAGCUGCAUGUGUGACAACUCCACCAGUCCUAUUUAUGACAUAAUUGACAAAGAUUAUACCUUCUUAUUUUAUCAAUAUAUUUUUUUAUAUUUUUUUUUAGCAAUUAGUAUAUUUGAGUUUAACCAAUAUUUGUUGUAUUAUUUGUUCUGUCUUUUCUGGAGGACUAAACUGAAAUUGCAACCAACUUUCUAUGGCUUGUUUUAAAAAGAACAAUAUUUUGAAGAUUAGAAUGAUAUUCAAAUAACCGAAAGUGAGAGGUGGUAGUCUGAAUAAAGGGAAAAGGUCCAUUCUUGAACAUGGGGUGAGACAUUCUUACUAAUUUGCUAGCGAACCAGUUCGGAUUUAAGUAUAACUUUUGUAUGACUGACGCAUUUAGUGAGAGGUCUAAUGCUUUAAAAUGAAUCAUUUCUGCCCUCCGAAUUCAUUUUCAUUAUAUAAAUAGGCUAUUUUAAUUGUGUCUGGCUUGCCAUUCCAAAUAAAAUGUCAUAUUUUUUGCUUAUAUCAUCUAAAAAAAACAGGUCGCUAGGUGUAGACAAGACACUAUUGUAAAGUGGCUGUUCCACUGGAUGUCAGAAGGUGAAUUCACCAAUUUGUAAGUCGCUCUGGAUAAGAGCGUCUGCUAAAUGACUUAAAUGUAAAUGUAAUGUAAAAGACCAUAAGCAAAUAGGCAAACUGGGAUAUGUUUUUAAGUUUUACAUUUUCUUAUUUUACUACUUCUGUUGGCAAACAGAACAGAACUAACAGUGGUGUAAAGUACUUAAGUAAAAAUACUUUAAAGUACUACUUAAGUUUUUUUGGUGUAUCUGUACUUUACUAAUUAUAUUUUUGACUACAUUCGUUAAGAAAAUAUUGUACUUUUUACUCCAUACAUUUUCCUUGACAUCCCAAAGUACAUUUUGAAUGCUUAGCAGGACAGGAAAAUGGUCCAAUUCACUGCCUCUGAUCUGGCGGAUUCACUAAACACACAUGCUUCGUUUGUAAAUUAUGUUUAAGUGUUGGAACGUGCCCCUGGCUAUCCAUAAAUUAAAUAAAAACUAGAAAAUUUGCUUUGCUUAAUAAGGAAUUUGAAAUGAUUUAUACUUUUUCUUUUACUUUAUUUUAGCAAUUACAUUUACUUUUGAUAACUAAGUAUAUUUUCAACCAAAUACUUUGACUUUUACUCAAGUAGAAUUUUAUUGUGUGACUUUUACUUGAGUCAUUUUGUAUUAAGGUAUCAUUACUUUUAUUAACAUAUUGGGUACUUUUUCCACCACUGCAAACAGAAAGGGUGCAUACUGCGAAUGAAUGUUUUGCUCACGAGCAUAAUUCAUUGGCUGAGCCCUCCUGGUGACCUGGAAGAAGUCCCACCUAGUUGACUGCUUUUAAAAUGACGGAAGCACUCAAGGGCAAUGUCCAUGCCAAAACAGAUUUUAUCAAUCUAGAGUCCUCUAACUAACUAUGGUAUUAACAGACUCUGCCAAAGUGUGAGUCAUGCCAUAGUACUGAAGUGUAAGGUCUUCUCCCUCCUGAUUACUUUAAUUACCUGACUUAAACCCUCUUGCUCUUUGAGGAGCAUAUGAUAUCCUUCCACUCAUACUCUGGACAAAGUUAUCACUGUUCAAUAUUUACGUGGCAAACCUGUCUAUCAUGGGGUUUGCCAAUUUAAUGGGGCGACAGGUAGCCUAGUGGUUAGAGUCUAGUGUUUAGAGCGUCGGACCAGUAACUGAAAGGUUGCUAGAUUGAAUCCCGAGGUGACAAGGUAAAAAGAAAACUGUCGUUAACUCACUGUUCCUAGGCCAUCAUUGUAAAUAAGAAUUUGUUCUUAACGGACUUCCCUAGUUUAAUAAAACAUCAUGGUCUGUUUAUGGCUCCCUAUAUAGUGCAAUGCUUUUGUAUAGGAAAUACUGUGCUAUUUGGGACACAUCCAUGGUCUGAGAUCACAAUAUGAACUUUACUUUAUGGAGACUGACAUUCUGAAUAUUGUCCUGAAUUCAUGCCAUCCAAACAUCUUUUCAUCUAGCUGCAGCUCUUCCAACCAAUCAAAGACUUACUUCCUUUGAAAUGAAAUGUAGGUUUACCUAUAAUAUGCUUUUCUAUUUUUGCACUCUUCAUGAAAAGCAUUUUGAUUGAUGAAUUUCAUGAACUUGCUGUCUUUUUUUAUACAAAGAACUGUAAUGAUCUGUUUGUAUUGCACUCCUGUAAGUCGCUCUGGAUAAGAGCGUCUGCUAAAUAACUCAAAUGUAAAUGUAAAUAAUCAUGGACACCUACCAGAGCAUGAUGUCCUGCCAAUGUAAUAAUGAUAAAUCCAGGCAGGUCACCCAUGAUACAAUUCAGUAUUCAACGUGAUAUAGAUGAAUGUAUUCUCUUCAUGAUGAAUUCAAGCAGUCAUACUUUUUCUAUUAUUUUGCAUGAAUGUUAGUGAAACUGUGUGAUAUCUCCUUACAUGCUGCCGUUAUACUAUUUGACCACAAGGUGGAACCAGAGACCUGAAUAAUGAUUGUCUAUAGAAAUCUAGUACUGUUUUGUCCCUAAUGUCAAGUUCAGUUUUCUACAGUUAAAUUAUGAAAAUGUAUAUUUUUUAUUAUUAAAAUGUAAUGGUUAAGUUUAUGGACCUGA